AUGACUCCUAUUCCUCGAGCAAAUUCUAAAAAAACAAUAGACAUUCAAACUCAUCAUGGAUUUUCACAGUCUCCUACUAAUGCAAACGUUAUUUUUGGCGGCCGUCCAGUUUUUUCCGAUGCUCUGAGUACUUCGCCUUCAUUCAGCAAUAUCGACGCCGGUAGUCCAAAUCAUUCUGGUAGCCAUUUCAUAGUUAAACCUAAUGUUGCCCAUAAGCUCGCUGCCGAAGAAGAAGAGCUAAUUAAAAGACACUCUCCAACUUUUAAACCUCAUCCAGAUGACUUCUUAAAAGCUGGGCAUGGAGCUGCUCCUACAAGUUCAGGACCGCUCAUGUUAUCUUUGACUGAGGAAUCUUAUGGCGCUAUUGAUGACGUCAUGGAUUCUGAAACUGAAAGUAUCGUUGAAAUAGCAAAAGCAUGGGAUGACGCUGUUGAUAAUAACGAAAUCUUGACAUCUUUUGCUAACGAAUGCAAGUACGUUUUGGCCAACGCUGGUCCUUUGGUUUUCACUUUUCUCUUGCAAAGCACCCUCACUGCCUCUUCAGUGUUUUUUGUGGGGCACCUGGGCAAGUCUUAUCUUGCCGCUGUUUCUCUCGGAUCUAUGACUAUUAGUAUUACCGGUAUAGCAUUCAUUCAAGGAAUGGCUACUUGUCUCGAUACUUUAUGUCCCCAGUCUUAUGGUGCCAAACAAUAUACUCUUGUUGGAGAAUAUUUACAAAAAUGCAUUGCCAUGACACUUGUAUAUUUUAUUCCUAUCGGGUUACUAUGGCUUUUUUCUGAGCCUUUAUUUUAUUACAUUGUUCCCAAAGAUGAUCCUGCUGUUGCUGCUUUAGCAGCAUCCUAUCUAAAGGUCGCAUUAUGUGGUAUUCCAGGCUUCACUUGUUUUGAAUGUGGUAAACGUUUUGUUCAAGCACAAGGAAUUUACAGUGCUUCUUCAUACGUUUUAUUUUUUUGUGCUCCUUUCAAUAUGCUUUUGACGUACCUCCUUGUAUGGCAUCCGUCAUUCGGUUUUGGGUACAUUGGUGCAGCUAUUUCAGUUGCAACUACUCAGUGGCUCAUGGCAAUUCUUCUGCUAUCUUAUGUUCGCUUUGUGGAUGGAAUGAAGUGCUGGGGUGGAAUUUCUUCAAAUAUCUUUAAGAACUGGGGCCCCAUGAUUAGCCUUGCUAUUCCUGGUGUCAUUAUGAUUGAAGCGGAGUUUUUUGCUUUUGAAAUUCUUACUUUUUGUGCAUCUGUUUUGGGAACGACCCAACUGGCUACCCAAUCCGUUGUCUCUGUGGUGGCAACUUCGAUAUAUCAAAUUCCAUUUUCUGUUAGUAUUGUUUCAUCCAACCGUAUUGCAAACUUUAUUGGUGCAUCUUUAACCCAGAAUGCUCGCAUUGCUAAAAAGGCUGGUCUGAUUAUUAGCAUUUUUGUCGGUUUAUUUGAUGGCUUGGGUUUAUACUUAAUGCGAAAUCAUGUGGGACCUGGUUUUUCUGAGGAUCCUGAUGUUAUUGCAAUGUGCUUAAAAACAAUUCCAGUUAUUGCAUUGUUAUGCUGCGUUGAUGCCCCUUCUGCGAUGAUGGGUGGAAUUUUGCGUGGGUUUGGUCGUCCUAAAAUUGGUGGAUAUUUCAAUUUAUUUUUCUUUUACUUUCAAGCCCUUCCACUGGCUGUUUUCUUAGGAUUUAAGUGUGGAUUAGGUAUUGAAGGAUUUUGGAUUUCCAUGAGUAUUGCCAUUUUGCUCAUUUGCUCUUGUGAAUAUAUAUAUGUCCAAACUGUGGACUGGGAUAAAUUAGUAGAAGAGGCAAAAUCUCGUCAAGGCAUAGAAAGAAUUGACCCUUGA